AUGUUAAACUCUAACUUCAACUCCUGUGAUCAACUCAUAGAAACAACUAAAUCAGAUAAUUUUGAAUAACAAGAUUUCUUUCUUAAAGAAAACGCAAAUCAAUAGUAAAUAUAGACUUAAAAAAAAGAGGAGAACAUUAAAAAAUAAUUUAAUCAAGAACAUAAAUAAACUAAUACAAAUGAAUUAAGAUAAGAUCAAUAUUAAAACCAGAAUAAAGCCUAAAAUGAAUAUAUUAAUAUAUCAUAAUACCUAGAAUCAUAGCUAGAAAGGUACAAAUAGAUCGAAAUCUAAAUUAUUCAUGAUAAAGAUAAAGGAGUUGUUAAACAGAUUAUGUCAUCUAUUCAAUCUCAAUUAGAUAAACUCAAAUCCAAUACUCUCGAUCCAAACUCAGACAAUAACAGUAAAUUUGGAGAAAUUAGUUUAAUCAAAGAGUAGAAUUAAACUGAUGAGUCUUUUUAUUCUAAUUCUAAGAUACAAGCCAAUCUUAAAGAAAUAUAUAAAUUUUAUUCAAAGAUAUCUUAUGGUCGUGGCCCUUCUGAUGAUUUCACUAGAAUAAAUCAUGAAUCUAAUAUAAUGACUGAGGGCAAAUUUAUGAUUUUUUGUCGACAGUUUGGGUUGAUGGCUAAAAAGAUUCCUCAUAUGCACACAUAAUCUAAAACAAAUGAUAUGAGCAAAAAUGUUAUCUUAACACAAAAUUCAAAUACUCUAAUUCAGAGCAUUUUGAAUAGUAAUUAAAAUGAAAAUGUUAAGUACUUGUCAUUUAAAGAACUAGUAUUUAAUUUUAAUAAUUUAUUAGAAUAAUUUAUUUAGAAAAGUUAACAAAAACUAAAAUGAAGUAACUUAUGUAAAUUUUUUGCUAUUAUUAUAAGAAAUUUCUAAAUUAAUAUUUUUUAAGGAACCAAAAAGAGCUGAAACUUUGUUAUACAAAUUGAUGGAAAUAGAUGGUACAGAAUUUCGAAAAAAAUUAAAAUCACUUUAUAUUCCAUUUAAUUCAAAAGAUUAACCUGGUUUUCGUAAACCUAAAGGCCUUAUUUAAUUAAAAUGUGGCAAUCAUUCAACUGAUUAACUCAAAUCAAAAAGAUUAUUGAUUGACGAAUGGAAAAAUGGUAAAAAGGAAUAAUUAAGAAACAAAUUGAUAAGCUAAGCAAAUUAAUCUAGAUCUAAAUCGAUUAUCUAUGAACCAUUAUAUGUAAAAACAAGUAGCUAUAAAGAAAGAAAAUUAAGAAAAAUUGGAUUAGAUUCACAAUCACAUUAAAUAUUAAAUUUGGAAAAGUUAGAUUAGUUAGAUCCAAAACUUUUUUUACUAGAAAAUUUUAAGCCUUUUGAUUUAAUUUAAGAAGAUGAAGAUAGUGAAGAUAAAUAUUACCUUAAAAGUUAUGAUCUAUCUAGAUCUGAAAAAAAAAGUGAAAUUAAGUAAAAUUUUGUUGUAAUUAAGACCAUUAUCAAAUGAAAAAAAGAUUCCAGUUUAAAAAAUGAAAACUGAAUCCAUAAAUAAAAGAACUCAGAUUUUAUCUAAAAUUGAUAGUAGAAUUGAAGAAUACUAGGCUUAUUUUAAAUUGCCCAGAUUAUAGAAUAAAUGA